AUGCCUUCGAAGCGCGACGCAGCGCAUCUUGCGCACCAGCCUACCGCCAUCGUCGGCGGCCAGAGCCAUAGCAGAGCACGAGGCGGCGGCGGCAGCAGCAGCAGCACCGGACGCCUCGAGCCUCCGCCUUGGACUCGGAAUCGCAUCCAGCUUCCACUGCCGGCCGGUCUGCCUCCCAGAUCCCUCCUCCUCCCCUUGCUCGCCUCCCACGCAGCCUCCUCCCGCCGGGCUCAGCCUUCGACUCGGAAUCGCAUCCAGCUUCCACGCCUCCCGCGCGGUCUGCCUCGCAGGACCCUCCUACCCUUGGCCCGCUCCCACGCAGCCUCCUCCCGCCCACCGCCACAACAACCCCCCCUCCCGCCACCACCGCCACCGGAUCCUGACGAUUGGGGCAUGGACAUGAACAUGAAUCCGCAACAGCUUGGUGGCAAUGAAGAAGUCUGGACCCACAAGAUCCUAGGAACAUAUGCAUCAGAAUGGAGCAUGCACACCGCGCGACGACGCCGCUCCCCGCCCGACGACGACGACAACAACAACGAAGACUCCGGUUCCGACUCCACCACCGCCGCCGCCGCCUACCAAUGCCGCAACGUCAUGCAGCAUCUGCAGGUCCUGUGGGACCUCCGCGGCAAUCGCGAGCGCUGGCUGAGGAAGUUGGCCGCCAUACUCGAGCCGGAGGCGCAGCGCACUUUUGUCUUUAGGCUGGUGAGGACCUGGGAGGGGGAGGGCGAGGAGGAGGAUGGGGUUUGGGUCGAGGUUGAUAGGGAGGGCGGGAGUGCCGGGGAGAGAGGGAGGGGCCGUGCCGUUGAGGAGCGCGAGCGCGAGACGGAGAGGGUGUGGGAGGUGCUGAGGACGAGGGGGCUGGUGGCGUAG